AUGAGCAAAUUUGGAGAGUGCUACCAACCAUCUUCCUGCUACUCAAUUGACGAGAGCAUGGUUCGUUUCAAGGGGAAGAAGUCCUUCAAGCAGUAUAUGCCUCUAAAACCCAUCAAGCGCGGCUUCAAAGUCUGGGUGCGCGCAGAUGCCACUACUGGUUUUGUGAUCCAGUUUGACGUUUAUACCGGAAAAGAGAGUGAUGGAAGCGGCUUAGGCACUCGUGUGGUAAAGAAGUUCACUGAGAAACUGGCACAAACCGAGUGCCUUGUGGUGUUCGACAACUUCUUUUCGUCCCCAGAACUGCUCCAGAACCUCUUCGAAGAAGGUAUCUAUUCAGUUGCCACAGUACGACAGCAAAGGAAAGGGCUUCCCGAGAUUCUCAAGAACAAGAAGAAGAUGAAAGAAGGGGAUCACACCUUCCGUGUAAAAGGGAAUGUGGCGGCCCUACAGUGGCCAGACAAGAGGCUUGUGAACAUACUCACGACUGCCCACAAUCCCUCGCACACAGUGAAUGUCUCUAAGAAAGCAAAGGAUGGCACUAAAAUUGACCUGCAGUGUCCUCUUGCUAUAGUCGAGUACACGAAAUACAUGCGUGGAGUAGACCGCUUUGACCAGCUGAGGGAGUACUACACGGUCAGCAGAAAGUCUCGAAAGUGGUGGAUGUGUCUCUUUUAUUUCAUUCUUGACUGCGCUCUUGUAAACAGCUAUGUGCUCUACCGUCUUUCAAAUGUUGGUUGCGAUGACCACAUACACUUCCUAAUAAGGCUGUCAAGGCAGCUUGUCAACGGCUACACAAGCAGGAAAAGAUCAGCUGCCCUUGCGCCACGACGACCUUCCAUCAAAAAGCCUGAAAAAAAUCUUGGCGUGCCAGAUGAAACUCGCUUUGCCGCCACACCCCACUUCCCAGAAGGGGCAACAUCGUACAAGCGCUGCAGGUAUUGCUCCACUGCCAAGAACGACAAAAGGUCAAAGAUAAUCUGUUCAACGUGCAAGGUUCACCUCUGCGUUGUUCCCUGCUUCAUGAAGUUUCACCAUAAGUAG